AAGCUACGUUCAAAAUAUAUGUAUAUAUGGCUGCAAUCACAAUUUUUUUUCGCAAUGAAAGACUGGAUUUUGUAAUUAGCGUUCGUUCGCGUCAAAAAACUGCGCCUCGCGCGCGCGCCGUCGACAGCCUUUCGCACGAAGAGCAGACCGAAAAUUUUCAGUUUACUAUUCCACAACCUCGCAAUCGAGGUAAAAUCAAAACAAAUUGAUAGAACAAAAAAAAAAUGGCUGGAACCACCUGGACGGAGGAAGAGGUCGGCAGAAAAUGGGACCGAUGCUUCGCUGACGCUGUCUUCAAAUUAGGUGGCGGCAUUUUCAUCGGCACCGUCUUUUCCCUACUUUUUGUGAGGAGAAAGUGGCCAGUAAUCACAGGAGCCGGAUUUGGAUUAGGGAUGGCUUAUUCGAACUGCGAAAAUGAUAUUAACCAAACAAUAGUUCCACAAAAAAAUACAGAAACAGCCACUAAAAAAUAAGUGAUUCAAAUUAAAUUAUGUACAUUGUUAAUGCAAAAAUUAGUUGAAUUUGUAUUCUAUAAAGAUAAAAUAAACACAUCGUUGUAAGACAACAAA